AACGUGGAAGUCCGAAUUAUGAAAGAUUAUGAAUUAUCACGCAUCACGCAUCCCAUGAUGAAACUUUCAACUUGGUAGUUUUUUCGUUGGAAAUAAAACUUGAAACUAAAAGUGUGUUACUUUAAUCAAACCGAAGAUGAUGUUACCUCUCAAUUCCAAAAUCGUGCUUAUCCAUCCGACAGUAAUUUCCCUGAAACGUUCAACCUUCAUUCAGAGUAGAACCCUAGUAGAUUUGCCAAUAGAGUGGAAAAGACCGACAAAAGUUCCGUGGUAUGAUCCGAAGAAAACCGGCGAUGGUGUUCUGAAACUUGAAGUAGAUAUGAAUAAGACUCCUACUCUCGCGGAGAGAUCUAAGGAAUUGGAAACUGCCAAUGAAUACGUCAAGAGCUUGUUCACUUUUCAUUUUCUUGGUAGAGCGUACGCAAUGAAUAGAGCUCGUCAAGAAAUGGUAGAUUUAGUGAAAGACCACAAAUAUGACAACAGGUCUUUGGCAUGUCAAAUUGCUUUUAAAACCGCUACGGUUAGGAACUUGAUGGAACAUUUUCAUAAAUUCCCUCAUGAUAGAAAACCUAAAAUAGCUCUCAAAGAAGUGAUUGAAUCAAGAAAUCGAAAAUUGAGAUAUCUGAGAGAAUAUGACUACAAGAAAUUUGAAUGGAUUUUGGAUAAAUUAGAUCUUUACUAUAAACCUAAACCGGAAGUGUUAGAUAAAGUUGAAAGGAAAAAGUCUAUUCGUUACUUAACCGAGCGUUACUGCACAGAGUUCAAAGAACGAAAAUUAGACGAAUAUAAAGCCGUUCUGGAAAGCCAGAAAUUGGAAUUCUUUAAAAACAAAAUCGCUACUUUAGAAUGGAUAAGAAAAGAAGAACUCGAGUGUGAAACAGAACCUACCGUCACAGAGUCAGACAUAGAAAGUGCUAAAAAUCAGCUGUCCAAUUACAUCAAAUCUGUGAGUACACAAGAAAUACAGAAAGGAGACAAUAUUCUGCAGGAUAUUUAAAUAAUUUUAAAUUAUUACUACAUGUAUGAAUAAAUGUUCUCAAAUAAAAAAUCAAAAAAUUAAGA